AUGAAGACUUGCCUUGCACUAGCCGUGUUUACGUUGGCGCUCGUUGUAGAGGGAGCGGUCGACACUGGGAGUAGAACAAUGUUGACAAUGGACCCACUGUCACUUUCAUCAUUCAUCAACACUUUUGGUGAAGCCCUUUUGAACAAGAUUGCCGUUGAAGUAAACAGCACAGCGGACCUGGCUGCACAAUUGGAACCCAGAGUCAAUAUUUGUGCAAAAGCGGUUGCAGCUCAACAAGAGACAUGUACACUGUGCGCAACCAAUAAAUGCAGUUCAUCCCCCAACCUCGGAGACGUCAUACUUGGCGGCCUAAAACUAGCGAACCCCAUCCGCUACCUCGAGCCCGAACUGAACAAAAUCGGUUCCACGUUAGGCGUCGUCAUCAAGGUCUUUGGAAAAGAAUCGGUCGGCUUUUUGUCAACAAUGAACGCACUUGGAGACUGGCUAGGUACAUUAGGUGGUGAAUUUGAGAGUGCCUACGGUGAAUUGAAAAGAGCGUUCAGUUCAAAAUCAAUCAAUAAAGGUAUUGAAUCAUUACGGAUCGAUAUCAAAAAUGUCAUCGUGCCCGGAAUGGACAUCAUUAAAUCCGGUUUCACCUCCCUUGGGUCAACUAUUGGCGGUGGUUUCGUCAGUGCCGGAAAAUUUGCUGGAGACUUCGUGGGUGGCAUCUUUAGUGGCCGCAGACGUAGGGACAUCAGUGCAGCAGAUCGAGCGUGCAUGCGGAAGUGCGACUCCUGUGCACCCUUCCUACUUAGUACACAGGAUGAGAUCAUUGAAGCGGUAUGCGGUCCUGAGAUAACCGCUAUGAAUGCAACUCUUCAAGCAAAGAUCGAGAGGAUUGCGAUUGUAUAUGACGCCCUGAUCGACAACGAAAAGGCCAUCGUCGAGCAGAUAAGAUUUGAUCCGAAAUCGAUGGAUCCCACGACGUGGGAAUAUACGUUCGUCACGAUAAAGACAAAUGUCAGCGGCGUAUUCGUUGAGUAUCAGACGAGCGUAACAUACAGCCCAAUGAACUUGCCAACCACGGCUACCCUGAUGGCGCUUGAGUACUGGGAGAAAAAUUAG